AUGGAUCGUGUAGGGAAGAUUAUUUUUUACGAGGACGUAAACUUCAAAGGCCGUUAUUAUGAAUGCACCGCUGACUGUACUGAGCUGAACACCCAUUUCAAUUACUGCAACUCUGUUCGUGUGGAGAGCGGGGCCUGGGUUCUGUUCGAGAAGCCUAACUACUUGGGUUACCAGUACAUCCUGACCAGGGGGGAGUACCCCAACUACCAGUCCUGGAUGGGCUACAAUGAUGCCAUCAGGUCAUGCAGGAUCGUGAGAAAUACCACUGGUUUGUUCAGAGUGCGCGUCUAUGAGCGUCCUGACUUCAGUGGACAGAUGCUGGAGUGCACUGAAGACGUCAACAACCUGCCCGAGCGCUGGCAGCUCCGUGACGUCCACUCCGCCAACAUCCUGGACGGCGCUUGGGUCUUCCACGAGCUCCCCAACUUCCGUGGACGCCAGUACCUGCUGGAGAGGGGAGAGUACCGCCGUUUCAACGAGUGGGCAGCCAUGAGCCCCGCUGUGGGGUCCUUCCGCCGAGUCCAUGAGUUUUAG